AUGAAAAAUUCUGGAAAUCCCAAGAUUUUUAUGGAAGUAUUUCAACUGUUUAGCACUACCUCAUAAAGGUGUUUGAACUUUGUGGUACUAUUCGAACAAAAACAUAUUUAAAGUUAUGUUUUCUUUACGUAGUCUUAACCGUUCUAUACAGUUUUGUAACAAUUUUGCUGUGAAUGGACUGCAUCGAACCACAAUUCCGUUAAUAAACAGCGAUUUUGCUCGUAGGUUUUAUGUUAAAAUUACGUUCUUUUUUCUUCUAAAAUAUAAAUGUAGUUCCAUUAUUUAGUUUAAAUUCUUCAAAUAUUAAAGAUCUUUUUUUUUAAGUUAUUUGAUUGCAGAGAAACGCCUGUUUGCGACGAAAGGUUCCAAAAAAUUACUACGAUAUUUUGGGUAUACAGUCAACGGCUAAGGAGAGUGAAGUGAAGUCAGCUUAUCUUAAAGUGAGUUAUUUUUGUAACUUAUUUAUUUUUUAGUUAGCGAAAAAGUACCAUCCUGAUGUUUGCAAAGAAAAAGAUGCUAGCACAAAGUUUCAAGAAGUAUCGGAAGCUUAUGAAGUAUUGAGCGAUAAACAGAAACGACGAGAUUAUGACGCGUUUCGUUCUUCUGGCGGUGGUUUUGGUGGUCGACAAGGUAUGACUAAAUUUAACUUUUAUGGAUUUAGGAAAAAGUCUUAUAAAGUUUCGUAUUAAAAUAGUGUAGUAUUGUAAAAGCGAUCAUCUAGUAAAGUAUAAGCGUUAUUUUUUAACGACGGAAUUUUCAGGAUUUGAUUCACGAGGAGCUCAGCAACAGUGGGAUUACCGCUCAACUCGAUCUGCUGAAGACAUCUUUAGCGAGUUUUUCAGUGGCGGAUUUGGGAACGAUUUUGCGGGGUCUUCUUAUGGGUUUGAAGCAUCACAACAAAUUUUAGUUAAAGUAUCAUUUGAAGAAGCAGCAAGAGGUGUACAGAAAACUGUAAACGUGAAUGCUGUUGAUACAUGUGGUAUGUGCAACGGUGGUGGAUGUGCUUUGGGUAAAACAAAAGUAAGAUUUUAUUGCUUAAGUUUAACAACGAAAUAUAUUUUGUAAAAUUUUUUGUCUUAUCUUGAAUUUUAGGUAACAUGUCCAUAUUGUAAUGGAACAGGUUUCCAAACAAAGAACUUGAGUGGGUUUGUUCUAAAUCAUGCUUGUCAAUACUGCCGAGGAGAAGGUAAAUACAACAAAGAUCCAUGCCAAACUUGCAGCGGCACUGGAAAAACCAUUGUGAAUAAGAAGGUCAGCGUCUACAUUCCCGCAGGUGUAGAUAACAACGAAAUGUUGAGGGUUCAAGUUGGGCAGGUAAGAUUUAAAAAAGUGUUUUAUCAUAAAGUUUUAUUAUAAAGUGCCACUAAAAACUAUAGAUAAUUUUGUCAAGUUUUAUUGUUAUUUAAAAAUUUGUCAUUUUAGUCCAUGGUGUACUUAAAUAUCCAAGUUACUCCUUCGUUGAUACAUAGAAGAGAAAAGGAGAACAUUUUUACAGAUGUUGAAAUUGGCCUAACAGAAGCGGUACUUGGUGGUCAAAUUAAUGUUCCUGGAAUAGAAAGCGAUACCAUGGUAUCAAUACCUGCAGGAACUAGCUCACAUCAACGUCUUUGCUUGAAGGGAAAGGGAAUUCGGAAGCUGAACAACAUAGGAUCAGGAGAUCAAUUUGUUAGCAUUAAAAUUAAAGUUCCGAAGUAUGUCUUAUGGUUAUUUUAAUUAUUUAAAUUUCUGAACUUUACACUUGCCUUUUUAUUUUUGUAUUAUUUAAAUUCUAACUUUUUGAAGUACAAAAUGUAAGACGUAUGAUUUUCAGAACCCUGACUCAACGACAACGCGAGCUAAUAGAGGAAUGGAGGCGGAUAGAGAAAGGAGAAGAACCAAAAAGGCCAAAACAACCAGAACCAAAGCAACAGGUGCAUAACGAAGCUCCAAAAAAAGAAAUGGCGACAGAAGCGCCGCCGAAGAAUCUCACUGAAGAACCCAAAAAACAACAAGAUGGUGUGUUUCAGAGGUGAUAAAACGUUUUCAUUAGAUUUUAUUUUCAAAGGUUAUUAAAAAUACGAAAGAAUAAUACCUGUAAAUAAAUACAAUUGAAACCUCUAUUUAGGUUCGUCAAUAUGAUCAAGGGAAAAUCAGCGACAGAAUCUGGAUGA